CAUUAAGCAGGACAGUUGCCCGUGCGCGAGGCUACGUGACGGAUGAGGUAGCGUGGUGGCCGCAUUAAAAAGCAUCUGUGUUUCAUUGUCAGCGACGAAUAAAUACACACACGGUGUUCGUAGUCAUGGCUGCGCCAGGAACGCUCCUCGAUGAGUUGCACCAAUCUCACGUACCAGAGUAGUGUAUUCAGUGCAUCAGACAACGCUCGUUAACCUCCUGCAGCGGACAUACAACUUCCUCCUGGGCAAAGCAGCCGGGGAGCCAUGGUCUCGAAGCUCGACGUAAAUAUCGGUACCGAGCCUCGUCUAGGGAGCCAUCAGCGAGCCAAAGACAUGGGCGACAGGAGUGAAUCGGAUUUCGAGUUUGUCAUUCCACCGGAGGCUCCAGUAUUCGAACCCUCCGCUGAGGAGUUCCUGGAUCCACUUGGAUAUAUAGCCAAGAUACGACAGCAUGCUGAGAAAUCCGGUAUCUGCAAGAUCAAGCCGCCACCCAAUUGGCAACCACCCUUUGCAGUAGAUGUGGACAAAUUUAAAUUCGUUCCUCGAAUUCAGAGGUUAAACGAAUUAGAAGCCAAGACUAGGAUUAAGUUAAAUUUUCUAGAUCAAAUUGCUAAGUUCUGGGAGCUCCAAGGAUCCUCCUUGAAAAUUCCAUUGGUUGAACGCAAGGCACUGGAUCUUUAUUCCUUACACAGAAUCGUUACAAGUGAAGGAGGUAUUGAAAUAGUGACUAAAGAAAGAAGAUGGGCCAAGAUAGCGAAUAAACUUGGUUACCCAUCAGGCAGGAGCGUAGGGAGUAUUUUGAAAAAUCAUUACGAAAGAAUUCUAUAUCCAUUUGACGUCUUCAAGCAAGGAAAAAUAUUAACCGAUAUUAAAUUUGAACCCGAUUCGGAGGCUAAUGAGAAGAAGGACAGGGAUUACAAGCCUCAUGGUAUAAUAUCAAGACAACAAAUAAAACCACCAAACGAGAAGUUCUCCAGGAGGUCGAAGCGCUUUACAGGUCAGGAGGAGAAACAGGAGUCCACAGUAUCACCAAUAAAACUGGAGGACUGUAAAGAUGAGUGCGAGUCCGAUGGUGAUUACAAAGACAUUAGGGAGAGGGAUAGGAACAAAGAUAGGAGUCAAGAUGACAACGAUAAUAGUAAGGAGCUCAAGAAACUACAGUUUUAUGGUGCCGGGCCGAAGAUGGCUGGCUUCAAUACCAAAGAGCCAAAGAAAUCGAAUAAGACGAGGGGCGUUAAGCUGAAUUACGACUUCGAUCCAUUGGCUAAGUAUAUCUGUCACAAUUGCGGAAGGGGCGACACCGAGGAGAGCAUGUUGCUGUGCGACGGUUGUGACGACAGUUACCACACCUUCUGCCUGAUGCCGCCAUUAACGGAAAUACCGAAAGGCGACUGGAGGUGUCCAAAAUGUGUUGCUGAGGAAGUUUCCAAACCUAUGGAGGCUUUUGGAUUUGAGCAAGCACAGAGGGAAUACACUCUGCAACAGUUUGGAGAAAUGGCUGAUCAGUUUAAGAGUGACUACUUUAAUAUGCCAGUCCAUAUGGUCCCAACACCUCUGGUGGAAAAGGAAUUUUGGCGUAUUGUCUCCUCCAUAGAUGAGGAUGUAACGGUGGAAUAUGGCGCAGAUUUACAUACAAUGGAUCACGGCUCAGGAUUCCCUACGAAAACUAGCGUCAAUCUGUUCACUUGCGACCAAGAAUACGCCGAGUCCUCUUGGAAUUUGAAUAAUCUACCAGUGCUACACGGUAGCGUCCUGGGACACAUAAACGCAGAUAUAAGUGGGAUGAAGGUUCCAUGGAUGUACGUGGGGAUGUGCUUCGCCACUUUCUGUUGGCACAACGAAGAUCACUGGAGUUACUCUAUUAAUUAUCUGCACUGGGGCGAGCCGAAAACCUGGUAUGGAGUUCCUGGAUCUCAGGCGGAGCGUUUUGAGCACUCCAUGAAAUCUGCCGCACCGGAACUCUUUCAUAGUCAACCAGAUCUUCUUCAUCAGUUGGUCACUAUCAUGAAUCCCAACAUUCUCAUGAGAGAAGGGGUUCCAGUCUUCAGGACUGAUCAACAUGCAGGGGAAUUUGUCAUUACGUUUCCUAGGGCUUAUCAUGCCGGGUUUAAUCAAGGGUACAAUUUUGCUGAAGCAGUCAACUUCGCACCUGCUGAUUGGUUAAAAGUUGGCAGAGAUUGCAUAAGCCACUACUCGAAUCUCAGACGUUUUUGUGUAUUCUCCCACGAUGAACUGGUGUGCAAAAUGUCCUUGGAUCCCGACUCUCUGGACAUCGGUAUAGCCACGGCAACAUAUCACGACAUGCUGCAAAUGGUAGAAGAUGAGAAAAAACUGCGAAAAAAUCUUCUGGAAUGGGGUGUAACAGAGGCUGAACGAGAAGCCUUUGAGCUUCUGCCAGACGAUGAGAGACAGUGCGAAGCCUGCAAGACAACCUGCUUUCUGAGUGCAGUGACCUGCUCGUGUCACAGUUCUCAACUGGUCUGUCUGCGGCACUUCACAGAACUUUGUGACUGUCUACCAGAAAAGCACACAUUACGUUAUCGUUACACAUUGGAUGAGCUUCCAAUCAUGCUGCAGAAACUCAAACUCAAGGCGGAGUCCUUUGACUCCUGGGUGAGCAAAGUCAAGGAGGCUAUGGAUCCCAAGGGUGACAAGAUAGAACUAAAUGAACUCAAAGAUCUUCUUAAUGAGGCCGAGACAAAGAAGUUUCCUGACAGUGAACUUCUGACCGCUCUGACAACAGCUGUUCAGGAUGCUGAAAAGUGUGCUAGUGUUGCUCAACAAUUGUUAAAUAACAAACAACGCACAAGAACAAGACAAUCCGUGGAUACAAAGUACAAACUGACCGUCGAAGAGCUGACCCUGUUUUACAAGGAGAUUACAAAUCUCUGUUGUGAACUCAAGGAAUCUGAUGGUGUUAAAUACAUCUUGGAUCAAGUGCUCCAGUUCCAGAAGGACGCAGAGGAGCUCGAGGCCAAGGAAGAUGACUGUGACCUGGAAAAGUUAGAAAAGUGCAUAGACUUUGGUGAUUCCAUUUGCAUUGAACUACCACAAUUGGUUCGUCUUAAACAGAGAUUAACACAGAUUCAGUGGCUCGAAGAAGUUAAGUCCAUCCAGGAAGAACCAAAAUCAGCAAGUCGCGAGGAUCUCGUUAAACUCAUAGAGAAGGGUAUGAACAUCCCACCUCAUUUCAGCAUUGAAAACACUCUAUCAAAGUUGCAGUUGUUGAUGUUGAGUAUUGAGAAGUGGGAAGAGAAGGCGAAGUUGUACCUGGACACAAAAAACAGACAGACUAUAGCAGCUGUUGAAGAUUUCGUCAAUGAGGCGGACUCCAUCGACGCUUAUUUGCCUAGCUUGGACGAUCUACAGGAUAUAUUGACAAAGGCAAAGACCUGGACAAAAACUGUGGAGGACAUACAGGCGCGUGACAACUAUCCUUACUACGAUACGCUGGACGAUUUGGUGCGCAGGGGUAGGAAUAUACCUCUUCACCUAGACGCUCUACCUUUGCUAGAGUCUACUCUCUCUCAGGCGAAGGCGUGGAAAGAGAGAACGGCCAGAACGUUCCUUAGGAAGAAUUCUCAUUACACGCUCAUGGAGGCUCUUUCGCCAAGGAUCGGCGUCGGCGUUCAGGCGAUGAAGACAAAACGAAACAAGGGUGACGAGUCCGUCGGCGCCGUUUUCGUCUGUGACACAAAGCUCGACGACAGUAACGACUCAGCCAACGUUGUCGCCGCAUUUAAACUUGCUGAACAACGCGAGAUGGAGGCUAUGCGGAAUCUUAGAGAGAGGAACUUGAUGAAGACUGACAUGGAGGAUUCCCGGUAUUGCGUUUGCCGUAGACCCAGGUUCGGUCUUAUGCUACAGUGCGAACUGUGCAAGGACUGGUUUCACUCAAAUUGUGUGCCUCUUCCUAAGACCACGUACAAAGGAAAGAUACCCACAUCGCGUGAAACCAAAUUUCUCUGUCCCUGCUGCCUGCGCUCCAGGAGGCCACGUCUAGAGACUAUUCUGGCACUCUUGGUGAGCCUGCAGAAGAUUCCAGUGCGUCUACCCGAAGGCGAAGCUCUGCAGUGCCUUACGGAGCGUGCCAUGAACUGGCAGGAUCGUGCUAGACAAGCGCUCAGUACAGAUGAACUAUCCUCUGCCCUGGCGAAGCUCUCCGUUCUUUCACAGAAACUUGUGGAAGCUGCGGCUAGGGAGAAAACGGAGAAGAUCAUAAAUAGUGAGCUUAAAAAGGCCGCUAAUAAUCCAGAAUUACAUCAAAGGAUUCAAGCAAUUGCACCCCUCAGUGGUGUUCAUUCUGAUGACAGUGUACCUAGCACAGCUGAUGACGAUGAUGACGUCGUCACUAUUGAAGACGACGAACCUACCUGCAGCACGUUCAACAGUAACGAGCAUGCGUAUUCCUAUGUUUCCAAAUUCCAACCCAAAUCACAAUCACAGGAUUCCGAGGCAGCAGUGGUUCUCUCUGAAAGCGCUCGAACGCGUCUCGAGGAGCUCAUGAUGGAGGGUGAUCUCUUGGAAGUCGCAUUGGACGAGACACAACACAUCUGGCGAAUCCUGAGCCACACAAAUAGUCCAAGCAGUGUGCGAAAGUAUGCAGCCUUCGAGGAAGUUCAGGCGACGUUCAAGCACGACAUGAAAGAUGUGAAGAAGCGGGGCCGCAAACGUAAGUCCGAGGAAUUCGAGCUCUUGAAGAAGCUUGGUCGACAGAAGAUGGACGAGAAGAAUCUUAUGAAGCGUAAGGGAUUUGUCAAGGACAAGAAGAUCGUCUCCACGGCAGGUCAAGUUAAACGUGGACCACGGAAGCUCAAGCGCAAGGAAGGCGAAGAAAUCCCCAAGAAACGUGGCGGCAACAGGAAGAAGACUAAACAGGAUACAUCCGACGAGGAAGAUGAUUGUGCAGCUGUCAAUUGUUUACGACCAAGCGGUCGUGAGGUCGACUGGGUUCAGUGCGACGGCGGCUGUGAAGGUUGGUUCCAUAUGCACUGCGUCGGUCUGGAUCGGACAGAAAUAGCUGAAGAGGACGACUACAUAUGCAGCAACUGCAAGGAGGCAGAUCAGAAUGCAACGUCCCAGGGAUACCACAGCGCAGACACCGAUCCCGAUAUCCAGGAGGCCUCGUCCUAUAUCAUGAUCUUCUAAGGAAUUACACGUGCACAAAGACAACGUUAAAGCGAGAAAAGCGAAAAAAGAAGAACAAAGAUAUGUGAAAUCGUGUGCAAGAGCGGAAUGGAUCCACGUGCUACGAGUUCUUCUUGAAAACCAGUCGAAGAACUUGACGAACUAUGAUAAGGAAAAGAAAUAUAAAUAAAAGGAGAGCAAUGGCCACAGGAACAAGCGCGAUGGCGAAUCCUAAUAGAAUUAUCUUGUUUUGUGAUAUUCCAUAUAUAAGGAAGUCAUUAUUCUAUCAAUGCAAAAGAAUACGGAUGAACCGUCUUAGUCUAUGAUUUAAUAAUUUGUUUUUGUACGUUAAUCAGCAUUUCGGAUAUCAUGUGUUUUGUUUGUUUGUUUUCCUUGUCUUUGUUUAUUUAAAUGCUGCCACGUGGUAAGGUCCUGUGGUGUGUCACAGAGUUUGAUAACAGAGUGCAGCACAGUGACAGUAUUGCAUUAGAGGCAUCGGGCAAAAGCGAGUAGUGAAUAUAUCUCUUUUAGAAAAAUACGCAGUAAGAAGGAAAGAAAAGGAAAACUAAAAAAAAGGAUGAAAGUGCGCGAUGGAAUGUGUUAUGAGUGAUGGAGACAAUUUGAAUAACAGUGAGAGAACGUUAUAACGGAUUGAGAGAGAGAGAGAGAAAGUACAGAGCGAAGGUGAGAAAGAGAGUGUGAGAGAGGAGUGGUUUUUUUUUAUCAGCUAUUGUGUCGCCAUAAUCAGGGCGGCUGUGUGUAAAGUUAGACUGAAAGGAUAUAUAUACUCAUAUAUAUUGAGGAAAAGGAACCUAGGAUUAUUUUAGUUGGAUGACCGUGGAUUAUAAUUGAGUAAAUGCAUAUAUAUAUAUACACAGACACAGACACAAACACGCUAUAUAUAUGUAUAAAAUACAAAGAUGAAAAUGGAUAAUUUGUAUAAAAGAAUGAAGCCGAGGCAGCACACAGCCAUAAGCAUAUCUCAUCUGCCUUCCGCAUUGUCCUGAAAUCGACGUGGAGGCCAUUUUUUCCUUUCUCAUCUCUCUAGUUGGAUUAUUAUAAAUAUUUGUAUUAGUAUUACGUUUUUCCUUUCUUUUAUUACUAUCAUAUGUAGAUUAUUUUAUAAUUUAUUUACUGUCACCAAUCCGAUUCACAUCCGGCGUGUCCACCGUUUAGAUAUUGUCAUCCGUCAUAUUCCCCAUUUCCAAGAAUUUGGAGACUCGAGUAUGACGGACGGGCAUUUAUCUUUUUUUCUUCUUCUUCUAAGCUCACUCAUCACUGUAAAUAAUGUAUGACUUUAAAGAUAGGCUCCACUUAUAAAACCAUUUAUGCGAGAUUGUCCGUCUGAUCGCCGUUAGGCAUUUCUCUCUUUUCCCGGAUAACGUUCGAUUGAACGAGACAAGUGCAGACAGCGAGAUGCAUUAUGUCGUGAGAUACAAUUCGUGCUAGGCAAGGAUGAUGCAAAGAGGAAUCAUAAGGAGGGAAGAUCGGCAUUAGAAAAAUGAUUGGUUGACUUUUCUUGAGGGCUGGUGGGCCUCGCGAACGGCGUACCCGUGACAAACUUUGUACCUUUAGAACAAAAAUAGAUGUUACUUGUUGUAAUAAGACGAAUUUUGAAGUCCUCUUCAUUCUUUAUAAUGCGAUGAGUAGGACACUCAAAGACGUAAACGUAUUUUAAAAUUGAUCUAAGUAUAUAUAAGUGUAUACGUCGAGUGUGCACAGCGUGUUUUAAGAUGCGUGAUUUUGAAUUACAUAGAGAUCAUCUGAAUCUUAUUUGUUCAUAGAGAAAAAAAAAUACUGUAAAUGUCAUAGAGCAAAUGCCUACUCUCGAUAACAAACUUAAUGGAAGGCAUUGCUUUGCCAUUCGGCCGUUAGGGCUCUCUCGCUUUAUUAAAACAGGCUGUGAAACUAGAUACUCGGAAGGGUGUUUAAAGAAGAAGGAAAAAAAUUGUAGUACGAAACGUCAAUAGAGAAGCGGAUUUCGCGUAUAUUUUUAUAGACGGACGCCGUGUGGAUUUUGGAAAAGUGACUUUUUCUCGAGGAACAAUUGUUAUUAAUUUAUCAUUCUCUGGCAUUUUUCUAGAAGAUCCACGCGUGACGCGUUUUAGAGCUGUUGGCGAGGUCCUGCCGAAUCUGUGAAUCGGCUCACAGAUUUUAUCCUGAGUGAAUAACGGACGCAGGAUGUCAAAUUUUAUUUGGGAAAUCACAAUGGCAAUCGACAGAGAGAGAGAGAGAGACCGCCACGAGAAAAACCAUUUCACAUGUACUCUCGAAUCGACUUUACAUUGGAUCAUCAAGGUUACACGUAGUCGUAUCUUCCUUCCUAUAGAGAAAAGGAAAAAGAAUAAAUUUUACUCAUUAAACGAGUAGCGCCGGAUCAAUUUUGUCAAUCGCGCGAAUUUUCACUCUAGUUUAAAUCGAAUGAUCGAUCUGGCGCGCACGAGAGAAAAUGUAAAAUGACUAUUUUAAUAUACGACACGCGAUUAUGUAUACAGUAACGUGUGAUUAGAGUAAAGCAGACAGUAAGAUGAUAAUAAAAACCGAUAAGGUAGGAUUAAACGUUAUGUCGAAGAGAGUACAGUAUACAUAGAUAGAUAAUAAACAGAUAUAUACAGAUAUGUUCGUCGAGAGAGAGAAGCGUAAUCGGCAACCUAGGAUUACGAUUACGUUUAUUUGUAUUAAGGCUAUGUCUCCAUCAUUGAUUUAUCUAGAUAAAUAUAUCAAAAAAUAUAUGAAUGUCUACACAU